UUUUAAUUUAUAGAUUUGGUGAAAAGAAAUUUAGGAAAUAAUGAGUGCUCCACGUACAAAAUUAUUUGUUGGACAUCUUCCUGAUGGCUGCACAAAUGAAGAUCUUGAGACGUUGUUUGCAAAAUAUGGAACUGUUAGUGAAUGUGAUGUUAUUAAUAAAUAUGGAUUUGUGCAUAUGAGUACCCCUGAAGAAGCGGAAGAUGCCAUGAAAGCUCUGAAUAAUUACAACUUUAAAGGAUCAUCAUUAAGUGUUGAGCGUUCAAAAAGCAAACUACACCCUGAACCUGGAGCUCCUGGUCGUGCAAAAGGUGGAAUGCCAAAUCGUGGUGGCUAUGGCUUCAGAGGUGGCUUUGGAGGCCCACGAGGUGGUGGCGGCUAUUCUAAUGGCUAUGGCAGAUUUAACGGUGGAUCUCCAUACGGUGGCAGAGGUGGCAGUGACUUUUAUUCUGAUCGAGGGUAUGGUGGCAUGGGUGCUAGGAUGCGUCCUUAUCCUUCACCAUAUGAUAGACCAUCAAUGGCACCCAUGAGGGAUGACUAUUACAGAUCACCAUAUGCCUCUGCUCUUCGAGAUCCCUACAGACCAAGCCCCCCUCCCUCUAGAGAUCUGUAUGAAAGACGAGUGGCCAGCUAUCCUACUGCUAAUGAUUAUCUCUAUUCUAGACGGUCACCAACACCCCAGGUUUCAGCAUCCAGCAGGCCUUACUGGUAUGAUUCAGUUGGAGACUCUUGGAACCAACAAUCUUAUCAAGGCUGAUGCCGUGCCUUAUUCAACCUUGGUCCCAAGCACACAGGGGGUCUAGACCUAUGCCAACUGCAACACGAAGAGAAUACUUUUGAAGCUGGUUUUUAAAAAAGACACAAUUUUUUUACUCAAUCUUACUUUUGUAUGAAAAGCAUUGUAAAAUCAUAAUGCAUCUUAUACAAAAUGAUUCUUUUAUCGAAUUGUUGCUACUUUGAAGAACGGGUUUGUGGACAUAUUUUCAUUGCAUUAAAACUAAACUACUCAUUUAAAUUCAA